AGUGCUGGUGCAGGGCACUCUCGGAUAUGCAGGGAUAGGGAUACAGAGGGUGGCAUGGAUAAUCCUUGUAGACACUGAACCACCCUGAAAGAGGAGGUGGGAGGGGCUGCACUGGCAGCAGCAAUCGGCUUCUGUCUCUUAUAAUGGCGACAAGACUGGGAUUUGUCCUCAGCAAAUAAGGAGAAGAGGAAACUGCAAAGCGGAGUUGAUCUCCUGCGCUGGGCGCCGCUUCUUUGCAUGGAUCGUGAUGGGCUUUUUUACUUUUCAAAGGAUUCUGCCUUUACCAGAGAAAACCAGGCGAGCUGUGCAACAUCGCUUGGGGGAUUUAAAUAAAGAAUUGAUCUAAAAUAAUAAUAAAAAAAGACAAUUCUGGCACCCAGGAGGCUGUGUUGGAGGGAGGAUUGGAGUUCAUCUGGAUUUGUCCUCCUUGGGUGGCUGAUCUGAUGCAAACAUGUCGGGUAGUAAGGUGAUAGUGGCCGUGAGAGUCCGGCCCAUGAACCGGCGAGAGUUGGAUCUGAAUACAAAAUGUAUUGUGGAGAUGGAAGGUAAUCAGACCGUACUGCAGCCCCCGCCAACCAAUGCCAAGCAAGGAGAGAACAGAAAGCCACCAAAGGUGUUUGCAUUUGAUUACUGUUUCUGGUCCAUGGAUGAAAGAAACACUUCUAAAUAUGCAGGUCAAGAAUCAGUGUUUAAGUGCCUUGGUGACGGACUCCUUGAUAAUGCUUUUCAGGGAUACAAUGCUUGCAUUUUUGCAUAUGGGCAAACAGGUUCAGGAAAAUCUUUCUCCAUGAUGGGAACUGCAGAUCAGCCAGGCCUUAUCCCACGUCUCUGCUGUUCUCUGUUUCAUAGAGCUUCUAAGGAGGAAAAUGACACUCAGACCUUCAAAGUUGAAGUGUCCUAUAUGGAAAUUUACAAUGAGAAGGUCAGAGAUCUAUUGGACCCUAAAGGGAACCGACAGUCCCUUAAAGUUCGUGAACACAAGGUUCUGGGACCAUAUGUAGAUGGUUUAUCGCAAUUAGCUGUAACUAAUUUUGAAGAUAUUGAGUCUUUGAUGUCAGAAGGAAACAAAUCUCGUACUGUUGCUGCAACGAACAUGAAUGAAGAGAGCAGCCGAUCACAUGCUGUAUUUAAUAUCAUUGUCACUCAGACCCUGUAUGACCCUCAAUCCGGAAACUCGGGAGAACGUGUUAGUAAGGUUAGCCUGGUGGACCUCGCCGGCAGUGAGAGAGUAUCCAAAACAGGAGCUGCAGGAGAGCGCCUCAAGGAAGGAAGUAAUAUCAACAAAUCUCUCACAACUCUAGGUUUAGUUAUCUCUUCACUGGCGGAUCAAGCAGCCGGGAAGGGGAAAACAAAGUUUGUACCUUACAGAGACUCUGUGCUUACAUGGCUACUAAAGGACAACUUAGGAGGUAACAGCAAAACUGCCAUGAUAGCUACAAUUAGCCCAGCAGCUGACAAUUACGAAGAAACUCUCUCUACGUUACGAUAUGCAGACAGAGCUAAAAGGAUAGUCAAUCAUGCUGUGGUAAAUGAAGAUCCUAAUGCGCGGGUUAUCCGAGAGCUGCGAGAGGAAGUAGAUAAACUGAGAGAACAGCUUUCACAGGCUGAGGCAAUGAAGGCUCCUGAGCUAAAGGAAAAAUUAGAAGAAUCUGAAAAAUUAAUACGGGACCUGACAAUCACAUGGGAAGAAAAACUAAGGAAAACAGAAGCAAUUGCCCAGGAGAGGCAAAAGCAGCUAGAGAGUAUGGGCAUCUCACUGGAGUCAUCUGGUAUUAAGGUUGGAGAGGACAAAUGCUACUUGGUGAAUCUUAAUGCUGAUCCUGCCCUUAAUGAACUUUUGGUGUAUUAUUUAAAGGAGCAUAACAAAGUGGGUGCCGACACAUCUCAGGAUAUACAGCUAUUUGGAAUUGGUAUUCAUUCUGAACAUUGUGUGAUCAAUGUGGCCCCAGAUGGGGAAAUCUCCCUGACACCCAUAGAAAAUGCACGGACAUGUGUAAAUGGGGUGCUCGUUUGUUCAAGAACAGUGUUAUGGCACGGAGACCGGAUCCUGUGGGGAAACAACCACUUCUUUAGGCUCAAUCUGCCGAAAAGGAAGAGAAAAGAUUGGCUGAAAGAUAUUGAAAAGGAAGCUGGCUGCACGGAUCCGGAUUUGGAUGCCACAAGUGAAGCAUCAUCUGAACCAGAUUAUAAUUAUGAAUUUGCACAAAUGGAAGUAAUAAUGAAAGCCCUAAACAGCAAUGAUCCUGUUCAUAAUGUGGUCCAGGUCCUUGAGAAGCAAUAUUUGGAAGAGAAGAGAAAUGCCUUGGAGGAACAGCGGCUGAUGUAUGAACGAGAGUUGGAGCAACUGAAGCAGCAGCUCUCUCCAGACAGACAACACCAACACAGUACUGAGCGCCUCUCGUACAACUCUCAAACAACGCAGCAGAAAAUGAGUAUCUGGGCAGAAGAAAGGGAUGAACUAUUCAGACAAAGUCUCUCUAAACUCAGAGAGCAGAUUGUGAAAGCAAACACUCAGGUGAGAGAAGCAAAUUUCCUAUCUGAAGAAAUGAGCAAGGGCACAGAUUAUCAAGUGACUCUGCAAAUCCCAGCAAUCAACCUUAGCGCCAACCGGAAGAGAGGAGCAAUAGUUAGUGAACCAGCUAUUCAGGUGCGUAAGAAAUGUAAAGGUACACAAGUGUGGUCUAUUGAAAAGCUGGAAAACAAACUCAUUGACAUGAGAGAUGCUUACCAGGAAUGGAAAGAGAAUAAUAUGGAGAUAAAGAAGCUUCACUUUAAGAAAGGUGAUCCAUUUUAUGAAGCGCAAGAAAAUCAUAACCUUAUAGGAGUGGCAAAUGUAUUUUUAGAAUGUCUCUUUUAUGACGUUAAACUUCAGUACGCAGUUCCUAUCAUCAGCCAGCAGGGGGAGGUUGCAGGACGACUUCAUAUUGAGGUGAUGCGGGUUACUGGCGUUGUGCCAGAGUGUUUAGUGGGGGAUGAUUCCUCAGAGAACUCCAGCGAAAGUGGUAGCUUUGAAAUCAUAGACAACAGCGGAGAAAUCAUCCACAGGGCGAAAAAACUGACAUGUAGGGUAAAAAUAAAAGAAGCAACUGGUCUUCCACUGAAUCUGUCCAACUUUGUAUUCUGCCAGUAUACGUUUUGGGAUCAGUGUGAGCCCACUGUAGCGCCACCUAUGGUUAGUCCAGACAUGCCCUCACCUCGAAGCAAGGAUGCUCAAUUUACUGUUAACUUUGCUCACUCUAAGGAUUAUGUGGUACAUAUCACAGAGGAAUUUUUGGAGUUUAUUUCUGAAGGAGCUCUGGCUAUUGAAGUCUGGGGUCAUAGAUGUGCUGGAAAUGGUAGAUCUUUGUGGGAGAUUGAUUCUCUUCAUGCUAAAUCUAGAACUUUACAAGACAGGUGGAAUGAAGUAACUCGUCGAAUAGAAAUGUGGAUUUCCAUACAUGAGCUGAAUGAGAACGGGGAAUACAUGUCAGUAGAGUUACAUCAGGCAAAGGAUGUGAACACUGGGGGUGUAUUCCAGCUGAGGCAGGGUCAUUCUCGACGAAUCCAAGUGACUGUGAAGCCAGUGCAAAAUUCUGGCACCUUGCCACUCAUGGUUGAAGCUAUCCUUUCAGUAUCAAUUGGCUGCAUCACCCCCAGGUCAACUAAACUGCAGAGAGGCUUGGACAGUUACCAGAAAGAGGAUGAUGAUGAUUGGGAGGAUAUGGAUAGUUACCAGGAGGAGGAUUUGAACUGUGUUCGUGAAAGGUGGUCGGAUGCGCUGAUAAAACGCAAAGAAUAUUUGGAUGAGCAGAUUCAGAAAAUCAUCAACAAACAAGAGAAAACAGAGGAUGAUAUUGAGCGGGAAGCAAGGCUGGUUGAACAGUGGGUAGGUCUGACGGAAGAGAGAAACGCAGUGCUAGUGCCUGCUCCAGGAAGUGGCAUUCCAGGGGCACCUGCUAAUUGGACUCCUCCAGCUGGAAUGGAGACGCACAUCCCUGUCCUUUUCCUAGAUCUUAAUGCGGAUGAUCUCAGUGCUAAUGAACAGUUGAUAGGUUCACAUGCAUCAGGAGGAAAUUCAAUAUUACCAAAGGAGCAUGGAAGCCAGUUCUACUACCUGCCAAUUAUCAAACACAGUGAUGAUGAGGUUUCAGCCACAGCUUCAUGGGACUCUGCAAUCCAUGACUCAGUGCACUUGAACAGGGUAACACCACCAAAUGAGCGCAUCUACCUGAUAGUGAAGGCCACAGUGCAGCUCAGCCACCCCGCAGCAAUGGAGCUGGUUUUACGUAAGAGGAUUGCAGUGAAUGUCUAUAACAAGCAGAGCUUUACUCAGAGCCUCAAAAGACGCAUGUCUACAAAGAAUAUUCUGUAUUCCUGUGGAGUUAGUUAUGAAAUAGUGUCCAAUAUCCCCAAGGCGACAGAGGAGACCGAGGAUCGAGAAACAUUAGCUCUUAUGGCAGCAAGGAGCGAGUAUGAGGGCACGUCUGAUGGGGAAACAUACAUUGAGAAGUACACGCGGGGGGUGUUGCAAGUAGAGAACAUACUGGGCCUCGAACGACUGAGGCAGGCUGUUACAGUUAAGGAAGCUAUUCUAAGCAAGGCUAAACACAUACGGCGGAGCAUCAGCACACCAAACAUGCACAAUGUGUCUUCUAGCCGCCUGGACCUCUCUGGCUGUGAUGAAGAUGACAAGGGCUGGUCAGAAAAUAUGUUUGAUACAACUGACUGCUCUUCCAGUUAUAAAGAUGUGUCAUACUAUGGAAGUCACAUGCUCGAGUCACCUAAAAGAAAAGAUGCCAGUAUCGGUGGUGCACCAGAGAGCCCACAUACCUUAAUGGCAAGUCCAUUCAAAACGUUCUCUCCCCAGACACCAAAGUUUUUUAAGCCUUUAUUGCCUGUGCGAGAGGAGCAUAAAAGGAAAAAGCCAACUGAAGCUCAGCCUCUCCUCGGCCAGGAGAGCAUGCCUUCACCCCAGCCAUGUAACUCUGGCACUGAUGUGCCCACAGAAGCUAAUGCCAGCUGCAUGCCUGUAGAAAGCAAUAAUAUUCAACCAGAUGUCAUAAGCAUGCCUUCACCCCAGCCACAUAACACUGGCACUGCUGUGCCCGCGGAACGUAAUGCUACCUGCAUGCCAGUAGAAAUCAAUAAUACUCAUGAAGAUAUCAUUGAUUCUGAUGAAGAAGACAUUGAGCUUGAUGGGACCAGCAAGAAAGUAAUAGGCUCUGACUUUCACAAUUUUAGGCCAUAUGUACCUGAGGAGUUUGCUGAUUUCAGCGUUUACAAUGCUAGUCUAGACAACAGGGACUGGAUCAACUCCAAAACUGACUGUAUUUGCUCUCGUUCCCUAGAUAAGGAAAUAUCUAGAAGUCCCACCACCAGCAGUAUGACUAGUGGCUAUUUUUCACACAGUGCUUCUAAUGCUACACUUUCAGACAUAUUGGUCCCUAGCAGCGACAGUAUGGAUCAGUUAUCCAGUCAAGCUAGGGAAUUUGAAAGCCAAGACCCUUCAGGACACCUGUAUGUGCCGGACUGCAGAUCUUAUUCACACAAAGAUGAACAAUGCCCUGUUGAAACCACUAGCCUUUCGCUCCCCACAGAAAAAAGUGCCUUUGAUAAAGUGCCACAUUGCACUACUGAAAAAGCUGCUACUGUCCUUUUUAGAAGUGGAUCAUGUUCUUCUGUAGACUCCCCAAGCUAUAGUUACAAAGCAAACUCUGCAAACUUCUUGCCAUGUGGAGUCUCUGUAGAGCAGACUUGCAGUGUUUUAGAAGAACAUUCAUUCACAGAGUUCAUGGGGGUGGAGGAUUGGAAAGAUUUUGAGCGCCAUGAAUGUUCACAUAAUUACACUUCUAAUAGAGACAAACAUGGAGACAAAUUUGUGGACUGCAGUUCAGACUUAUCAGACUUCACUAGCAGCACAUCUGACCAGUGCUUGCUGGAAGAUACUAGUCAGACCUUAAACUGUCUGGGGAAUUCUGCCUUAUUUAACCAACCUCACACCCGCUGCCCAGAAAAUAUUUUGCAUGAGAGCAACAAUCUUGAUUUUUCAGACAGUGAAGACAAUCCUAACCACACUUUGCCGUGCCUGCUUGCAAUUGGAGAUCAAGUAUGCAUUGGAGACAAGAAGUUUGGAACUGUGCGGUAUAUUGGAAGAGUGGAUUUUUCACGAGGCAUAUGGGUAGGAGUGGAACUACAUGCUCAGUUAGGCAAACAUGAUGGAUCAGUGAAAGGGAAGGAAUAUUUCAGAUGCAAACCCAAGUACGGUGUGUUUGUCCGCCCAAGCCGCCUCACCAAAGCACUUGAUUCAACAACAGCAGGCAACAGCAGCACUUCAGUAGCUCAGUCAACAUCCAGCAGAGAAAAGCGUCGAAGUGCUGUCCUCACCGAGUCUUUGUCUGUCAAGUCAGGCCAAGCUGCAGUUUACCAGUCUGCAAAUGAAGCAGCGUCUGCUUUCUCUAGAAAACAAGAGAACAGAAAAUCCUGGAUUAACUAAGAUUCAGUACUUGCACUUACAACUCAUCUCAUGUGUGGAAACGCAUAUGAAUAUGGACCUUUUUGUACAGCUGUACAGUUUUAAUCUGUUUUUCUGCAAUGUUUUCCUAGCAUAGUCUAGACAAUUAUCUUAAGGGUUUUUAACAGGAAUCUAUUCAUUAGAUUGUCUGCCUUGUAGGCAGGUUGUUUGCUGCACACUAAAAGCACGUAUAAAAGUAAUUAUGUAGAAAGAUGGCAGGUACUGGUCUAUUCUUACAUAAUGACUUGGGAACUAUAUUUUAAUCAAAGAAAAUAUAUAUAUAUUUUAUUGAGAAAAAAAAAAUAAACAGAAAAUACAAAUCUGUUCAAAAUAAGAGUCGCAGGAUGCUGUUUUUUAAUUACCAAAGAACCUGUGUUAAACAGCACAGUCGGUUAAUAUCUUUGUUUUGUGCUUUUGUAUCUGGAAGGGUUGUAAUGUGGUCAUACAAAUGUUAGAUACUACUAACGAGCACCAUGCUGCCUUAUUUGUUUACUAUUGCAAGAUUGGAUGGUUGUAUUUAAGGCUCCUCUGACAUUAAAACACAAUUUUAUUCUCAUAGGUGAAUACUUUUUUUUAUUGCAUGAAAGUGUGUUUAAGUGUAGUUAAAGGAACAUGAAACCCACAUUUUUCAUAAUUCAGAUAGAGCAUACAAUUUUUAACAACUUUCCAAUGUACUAUUAUAAAAAUUUGUCUCAUUCUCUUGGUAUCCUUUGUUGAAAAAAGUAUACCUAGGUAGAUUCAGGAGCAGCAGUGCACUAUUGGGAGCUAGCAGCUGACUGGUGGCUGCACAUAUGCCUCUUGUUAUUGGCUCACCAGGUGUGUUCAGCUAGCUGUCAGUAGUGCAUUGCUGCUCCUUCAACAAAGGAUACCAAGAGAAUUAAACACAUUUGAUAAUAGAAGUAAGUUGGAAAGUUUAAAAUGGUAUGUUUUAUCUGAAUCAUGAAAGAAACAUUGUGGGUUUCAUAUCCCUUUAAGAUAUUAGGAGGAAGCACCUGGGAGCCCCCUGAAUCUCAUUCACCAAACUAGCGCUGAUCUCUAUCUAUUGCAAAAUCUACAUAUCUACAUAGAACGGGGGUCUCUGACUCUAGUUAACAAGGACCCCAGUCCAGCAUUUAAAGAUUUCUCAAAAUGUCUCAAGAUUAUAAAGAUCCUUGGUAGCAUUUGAAGGCUGGAACUGAACAAUCUUUUGGAAUAUUUGGAGUGUUUCCUGUUUAGAUUGUAAAUAGCAGAGUUAGUGCAAUAUUAGUUAUAGUGUCUAAUGACCAUGUUUGUGCACAGUGCUUUUUAAUGAGAUUUACUGAUCAAUCACCUUAUCCAAAAUGAAAUCCUAUUGUUAUGCAGUGAGUGAUUAAGUGUUCAUUAAUAUGUGGGACAGUCAUUGUUUGUUUUUUACUUAAAACAUGACUUUAUGUUUACUAAUAGCCUUUUUUAAAUGUUCUCCAUGUCUGCUCAAUUCCUUACUGCCACGCACCAAACACGGGAGCAUUGAAGUAAACAGUAUAGUAUUCCAGCUCUCAUCUGUGUGCUAUAAGACUAUACAUUUGUUAUUUCUGUAAGUGAAUAUAAGCGCUCUUGCACAUGUAGAUUUGCAUACCUAUUUUUUUUAAAUAUGAUACAUAAUAAAAACAUUGCCAAUUCCAGUCAAGGGGUACUGGAAUGCAGCCCAAGUAUAUAAAAAAAAGAGUUCACGUUAUUUAUAUAGAAUUAGUUUAGUUCUUUCAAGUUUUCAUCAACAUUUUGGUGCUGUCUUCCUAACGUGCUAUUUUGUUUAAUUCUACGCAUUUAAAAUAAUGUGCUUUUUUUUUUGCAUGGUCUUUCAAGUUAUCAGACACUGCUUCAGUAGAUUGUACUGAAUUGACCUUCCCUUGCCGUUGUCCUUGACUACUACACCAGUAUUACUUGAGUGAGCUGAUGGUAGAAAUGAUUAUGUAUGUGGCUGGAGCAUAUACAUGAAAUGAAAGUAGUAACAGUACUAAUCAUUGCUCCUCUAUCACUGAAGUUGUACACAUUUGCACUACCCUUUUCUAGAGCUACGUAAGAGCAUAGCCACUAGUGAAAUACAGCUUUGGGUCUCUCUGCAUAGUAACUUGCUUCAGUGUUGUGGGAUGUUUGUGACUCAUUCAUAUUGAUGUUUGUAUAGAUUUAUGGAAGCUGUUGAAUUUUUUUUUUAUAAAUGCAAAAAAAACAAAACAAAUAAUAUCAAAUUGUACAUGAAUUUCCCACUGUUUCUUUUUUCCUUUUAGUUCAGCAUUGAAAGAGUCUGAUACCUGGGACCUUAAUGAAAAGCUGCUGUUAUUUCUUCUUUCUCAUGUUUCAUAGGGUUAUCUCAUUGUAGUGUUUUUUUCUGUUUAUUGUAAAAAGAAUUGUAAUUUAUACUCGGCAAUAUGCUUACUGGUACAUAUCUCUGUGUGUAGAAUACAAAUGGUCUAAUCCUUA